CCGCUAGUGAUAUGUCGCGUACCUGAACGUCGUUUCUUUGAACUUUGCGGCAAGACACUCUACCUUUUCCGAGAUGAAACUGAAAAGCUUCCCAUUUCCAAACUUGAACUUGAUGGUCAAGUCACUGGCGUAACAGAUGCACAAUCUGAAGUAUUAAUAUUUAAUUCCUUUAAAGUUGAUUUUCGAUCUUCAGAACUAUAUUAUUUCUUUUCUGAUGAUAAAAAGAAUAAGGAAUUAAUUGUUGCGGCUAUAGAUAAGCACUAUAUACUCGAUUAUAUCUUAUGUGCUAGACCUAUCCACCUAUCUGGCACAUCGACUGAUCUCGUACAAAUCGAUUGGAACCACCUUGAAGACGAUUUACCCUUUACACCAGUCGUUUGUUACGAGUCUUUAACGAAUGUGAGUAUUCUCAUGGAGUUUCGAGUGUUUAGCAUAUAUGAGGGUGUAAGUUACGCUGCAGGGUUGUGA